GCUGCGUGUUUGCCAAUGGUGGCAACCUCAGGAAAUUCUUUUACCAACACUUAGGAGGUAUAUACGCAAAGAAGGCGGUAACACCAGAAGUUAUGUUGAGCUUACAUGCAGGAACGCAAACAAAUAAACUAAGAAAGGGGGAAAAAUGUACAUAUUUGUAUCAUUAAAAACUUUUAAUGCAACUGUUUGUAUUGAAAAUGACAAGGAAGUGACAUGAAUAGUUUCGUAUAUAAAUAUAAGAAUUAAAAGAAGUAAACGGAACUCAGCACCUCUCCCUCAAAAGGAGAAAGAAAAUGAAAAGGAGAAAGAAGACUAAUGGGCUGACGGACAACUGACACCGGUGUGCACAGAAGAAAAUGCGAGUGUGAGAAGAAGGUACAGUGAAAGGAGCAAGAGUAUAGAGAAAACAGCUUGGUUCGUGAGCAGAUUAGCAGCCCGUAAGUACCCGCAGAAACAGGAAGAAAGAACCCGUAUUUGCAGAGGAAGAAAGUACCCGUAUAUACAAGGAGAAGAGUACCAACAUAUGCAGGGAGAGAGGCACAUGUUAAUAUCAACACCACCACCACCACCGCAUAUAGAAACGAGGAACAAGACCUCCCGCAGCUUCCUCUCCAUCCCAGCUGUUCCUAUUGACUUGAAAAGGUUACGAGGAAACGCUUCGCUAUCAGUCAGUUGCCUCGCGGACGUCGUGAGGGAAGGAACGGGGGUGGUGUUGUUCCGUGCCUUACUUCCCAGUGCCACGCGUGACUCCUGCCUGACAACACUGCCUCCACGCUUACUGCCCCGUCCAUCCUGCACCUUCCACCCGACCUGCCUAUGUUGAGGUCUAUGAACAUCACAUGGCCAGUGUGCUCAUAUCAGGCUGUGGCCGUGGCGGGGUGCAGUGCCGCGAGGGGACACACAGGGCCUCCACUGAACUCCGAAAAUCCUCUCUACAGGACUCUUUCAGCUCGUAGUCCUUUCCUUGCCUUCAGAAGAGUGUAAGGAAGACAUGUAUGAAGAGAUAUAAUACGUAUGUUAAUAUUAAGAAGUACAAUGAUAAGUAUCUAAAUAUUUACUGAUGAUUAAGAGGAAAAUUGUCUUGCUGUGAAAAGUCAAGGGUACGUAGGACUAGUCGAAUCUAGAGUAGUGAAGUCAAGUAUCCACGUUGAAGAGUUAAUUAAGGAUUCUGAUUCUCCAGUGGGUAUCCUCAAACCAAUCCUGGUGCCCUGAGAUUGAGUCCUGAAGUUGGAAGUCCUACAGAUUGAAGUGUAUGUUAAGAAUUACAGUUGAAAUAUCGUUAAUAUAUCCUUGAAUUCCUUAAAAGCUAAGUGUAGAAAAGUGUUAGGAAAUAAAUACGUCACAACUCGUGGAUAAAAAGAAAAAAGUGGAUAGAAAAGGCAAUGAGGAAAAGGAGGAAAGAAGAAAAGGAAUGAAGUGAAUAAACAGUGCUGAUAGUGGAGGGUAGAAGAAAAUAAAAAUGAAAAUGAAGAUGAGAAAAGGAACAUAACUGAUUUGAACACACCUGACAGUGAAGAUAGAAGCAGGAAAGAAAAGGAGAACAGGAAAUGAAUGAAAGAGGAUCAAACUGAAACGAUGAGACACAAAUUGGCGAAGGGAAAAUUACAGAGCUAAGAAUGAAUACAGGAAAGAAAAUUGAUAAACGAAACGAAUAGUGACAAGGCAAGGAAGAACAGAAGGAAGAAGGGAGAGAUGACGAUAGCUCCGUAGAGAGAGAGAAAAAAAAAAAACAGGAAAGGAAAACAGUUAACGAUAUAGAGAAGAAAUGGGGAAAAUGAUAAAAAAAAGGUGAAGAGCAAUGACGUAAACAAGGAGAAAAGAGGAGAAGGAAGAGGGGGAGAGGAAAGGAUGAUAUGAUGAAAAGAGGACAAGGAAAAAAAAAUUUAAAAGGAAAACGAUUCGAUACGGAACGAAAAAAAAAGGAAGGAGUGAAGGAAAAUAGAAAGAAAAAGAGGAAGGGAAAUUUGAUAAUGAAUAGAGAAAAAACAAAAUUAUUAAAAUGAAGAAUUGAGACUCAGUAAACAGGAUCACAGAAAAAAAAAAGUUAAAAAGGAAAGGAGGAAGCAAAAUUUAAUAAUGAGUAGAGGAAAACGAGAAAAUUGUUAAAGGGAAGAAUUGAGACAGAAAGGAAGGAGGAAAAGGAAUCAAGGAAGGAAGGAAAAAAGGAAAGGAGGAAGGGAAGUUUAAUAAUGAAUGGAGGAAAACGAGAAAAUUGUUAAAGAGAAGAACUGAGACGGUAAGGAAGGAGGAAAAGGAAGAAAAGAAGAAAGAAAAGGAGGGAGGAGUCAUUAAUUGAGACUCAGUAAAGAAGAACGAGAAAAAGGAAGGAAGGAGAGGAGGGAGGAAUUAAAUUAUUAUGUACAGCAAAGUCCAGGGCCGCCCUUGGACUGGUGUGGGCCUGAUGAGGAGAAGAAGCCGGCUAACCCACAUCGCCUGCGUCUUCGCCUGCCUUGCCAUCAUCGUCGCCCUUCAUCAGCUUCUGCUCCUUGCUUACACCUACAAUGACUACAUCCUCGCUCUCCUGCCGAAGCCGCACCUCCCGCAGCAGAUCCGUUCGGGUAGAGGGCAUGAGAGGGGCGGGACUACUGUGGGCGAUGCGGGGGACGAGGGUAGAAAUGGGGUGCCACGAAUCCUUUGCCUCAUCAUCACGUCCCCGCCCUACCACGUGACCAGGGCGCGGCACGUGGCUGCUACCUGGAGCCCACACUGCACCAGGGCGGUCUUUCUUACCACCCUGGAGGACCCAACGCUGCCCGAGGUGCUCCUGACGUCCGGUGCUGCGACCUAUGACCAGCUGUGGGAGAAGGUGACGAAAGGGUUCCUGUGGGCGUACAAGGUGCUGGGUGAGUUCGACUGGGUUGUGAAGGCCGAUGAUGACUCCUUCGUCUUCGUGGAGAACCUGCGGGCGGCGGUGAAGGUGCUGGAUCCAGAUUCUCCCUUGGCGGCAGGAGUGCACCUCGCCACCUGGGAAACGGGCGAGACAUACCUGAAUGGGGGCGCCAGCUACGUACUCAGCCGCGGCGCCGUGAGGGUGCUGGUGGAGAGAGGUAUACAGGACGGGAAGUGCCAGAGAGAGCUGGAACUUGGCACUCUGGAAGAUGUCAACAUGGCCGCGUGUCUUCGUCUGCUAGGUGUGAAAUUCCUUGACUCCCGUGACUCCGAGGGGCGGCAGAGGUUCCACAUCUACCCCCCGCAGGAACUGGUGGACCCGCGCAGUGAGGCAGACCUGAGACACCUGUGGCUGAGGAGAGUGUCCGUCUACCCCUAUAAGUUUGGCUACGGAGAGCUGAGUGACGAGGUGAUCAGCUUUCACUACGUUGACGCGGAGACCAUGUACCUCAUCUACUACCUGGUAUACCUCGUCAACCCACACGCAGAUCCACCGCACCGCGCCAGGUCUCCCCUCAAGCCCCUCCCCGCCCAGGCCACCUAAGGGGAGGAGAGGGUGGGGGUGCUGGGGUGCUGGAGACUUGUGCUGGAGUCACGAGGGCGGCGUCUGCGUGUUCCCUACGUGUUCUGAGCCCGUCCCUUCUUCCUCGUGGCCUUGCACAACCUUUACCGUCCCCCUGCUUCCCCUGCCCCCCCUGCCCCCCCCCUUUCCUUCACCGGCACACCAGGCAUUGUAUGACACGCUUGGUUGUGGCACCUUAGAUCACUCAAUAAGCCACGUCAGGUGCCGCCGCAGCCGCCACCGGGGUGCCGCGCGUGGCAUCUGGAAGGAGGCAAGACUUGAGGGCAGACUUGUGGUUUGUACGCACGGUGGAGGAGGAGGAGGAGGAGGGACACGAAGAGGGUGAAGAUGUGGUGGUAGUGGUGGUGGCGGUGGAGAAGGAGGGUAAAGUGGGUGAGAAUGAUAAUUAGAAGAUGGAAAAGGAAAAUUGAACAAGAAUACAAAGAAGGAAGAAAAAUAAUAGCAUUAAGCAUGACAAAAAUAAGUGAUUGAUAAUCACAGUUAAAAGGGAAAAAGAAAAUCAAGCAAGAGGAAGACAAAGGAGGAAGGAAAGAAUUGGUUGAUAAUGACAAUUAGAAGGAGAAAAAAAAAUUAAGCAAGCGACACAAAGGAGUGCAUAAGGAGUACUAGGAAGAAGAAUAAUAGAAGAACAGGACGUGUACAUAGACAAAGAGAUGCAGGAAAAAGACGAAAAGAUGAUAAAAAAAAAGACCAUGAAUAAAAUAAAAAAAAUGAAGAGCUGGUCAAAAAAGAGGAGAUAAAGAAGAGAAAAAGAAGAAAAGGUGAUGACAAAAGGCAAGGAAAAAGGUGAAGUGCACGAGAACUCAGGAAAAUAAGACAAUAGAAAGCCAGGUGACCCACACAAAGCAAGUCCUGAGUGCUUAAGAUUUACCACCUGUCAUCAUCUCCCACCGAUUCAUCCAUCCUCAUGAAAAUAUCUAAUGUCUGUGAACUUACUACGUUCCUACUAAGUGUGUUCAUUCAUCCACAAUCGUAUUUGUGAAUUAAUUUUUGUCAGUCUUUUUAAAAUUUGAAUUCGUCGUAGUUUGAUUAUUCGUUUAAAAUUUGAAUUCGUUUAAAAUUUGAAUUCGUCGAGGUUUGAUUUAUUCGUUUAAAAUUUGAAUUCGUUUAUAAUAUGAAUUCGUUUAAAAUUUGAAUUCGCCUAAAAUUUCAGUUCGGUUAAAAUUUGAAUUCGUCGAAGUCUGAUCAUUCGUACGUGUUCUAAGAUGUUCUCUAACUAGUAGAACCAGUUUUAUAUCUUUAUUAAGCUUUUCAUUCCAUUUCAAAACUUGUAUCGCCUCACUGCGCACGCCACGCCUUGCUGCUCUUUGUCCUGGCAGGAUUAUUUAUUUUUUUUCAGUCCUUGGAUCAUUCUAGUCAUCCUUCUUCAUCUUUCUUUGCACACACACACUACCUUAUCUACUCUCAUUUCAUAGUAAAGAGACCAGGACUGCACUGCAUACUGUAAAUGCUGCCUGGCCAAAGUUAAGUAUAGUCUCUCUUAAAGCUCUUUCUUGCGUCGGCACUGACAAUCUGAUCUCUGAGUCUGUUGCAGUCGUCUGUUACUCGUUAUGAGAUCUAAUUUCUUCCCAUCUCUUUCUGAAUCUAACUUCAUCUUGCUUGAACUGGCUACAUCAAACUUGAACCAAAUCUACGUACGCUAAUGUCCUUUACAGUAUUCUUAUUUAUUUAUUUAUUACAUUUUAGUUAUUGAUUAACCUAUUUAUUUUGAAUGAAUUUUACAGUAUUUUAUUUUAUUUUUCACUUGUAUUGAAAGUGCUGCAGUUAAUGGUAAUGAAGUCCAUUUACCAUAUUUCUGACCAUUUACAUUCCUUGAAGUCCUUUUGUAAUAGGUUCGAGUCCUGCUCUGAUUGUUUUUUUUUUUUUUUUUUACUGUGUCAGGGAAAUCAACCAAGCGCAAGAAAAUAGAAUAGAAAAUAAGUAAAUAAAACUCUCUCAUAAAGUUGUAUUGAAUCUCUACUAAUAGAAAAAAGAGUGAGGAGGAAAGAAAAAAAAAGUUAAGCUAGUUGAAUUAAGCUGCACUUGAAGGUGAAAGAAGAGAUAAGUGUCAGUGCUAUUGAUUUAUUUCCUAACCUAAGACUCCUCUGGGUAUGUAUUUAUAUAUGAAUAUAUACGUAUGCUGUAUGAACUGGAUGCGUGUCUAUGUAUAGUUAAUUUCUGUUUGUUCUUUCGCUAUUUUUUUUUUCUCUGAUGAUUUGGAAACAUAUAUAUGAAAAAAAAACUAUCCUUAAAUUUUGUGAUAAGUGAGGUGAGAACUUUGCAAAUACAGACACUUGUGAAAUGAGAGCUUCGAAAAUAUAAACAUUUGUGACAGAUGAGAGGUGAGAGUAUUUAAAAAAAAAAUACCUGUAAACAUUUGUGAGAGGUGAGAGCUUUGGAAAAAGAAAAAAAAAGAUUAGUUAUUCAUGCAUCAUAUCACCAAGGAAGCUGUCAGUCAGGAGUAUUUAAUAAGUAGGUAGGUAACGAUAACAGAUAAGAUAGAGGAGUGAGGAGAGGCAGGCAGUGACAGUGAGUGAUAAACAGUGAGUGAUAAAGGGAACAGGGGACCAAUGAACAGUGUCGUACCGAUAUUGCCGUCCUUGAGCACUGCAGAAUCCCAAGCAGUGCCUCCAACUCGCUUACAAUGUGCCUCAGUGCGGACAGUGCCUCGUGCAGUGAAUGCUAACACUGCCUUGCCAGGGAGAUGUGAAGCAAAGAUACUGCCGCAGUUCCUUGCUUUUCUUUCGCACUUUUUUUUUUUUUUCAUAACUAUAUUAUCUCUGGUUUUGUUUGUCUGUCUGUCUGUUUGUAUCUAUAUAUCUCUCUCUCUCUACGACAGUCCAACUACAUAAAAAAAAGCACAGUGCUACUUGUAAUAAGUUGUGUACAAUAAGUUAUGAUUUUUGAUA